GCCUAGUCAAUCCACUAAUGGUGACAUGGUGCGCCUGACGGAGUAGACGUUUUAGGUGAGUGUAACGUGCCUUAACGGAGCAACCGCAUUAAAUGCGCGUGGUGCGUUCUGGCGGAGCAGGUUCCUUGAGAAGGGGUGUUCUGGUACAGACGAGUGAUCAGAUGAGGGUGUGCUUAUUGUGGCUGUCAUACACCCACGACGAAGUGCCGAGGGAGAAACGUGUCGUCAGGAGUGUGAAGCUGCCUUGGCUAAUAAAUGAAAAUUGUCCUAAGGUGCUGCCUAAGGCUAAUUUCUUGGACUGUGUAUUUCUUAAUUAACGAGAGGUGAUAACAUCAAACAAUGUGAGGUACAAUGAGAGGUGAGAAGUGCUUGCCUUUUAUUUGGCUGAAAAGAUCUUGCUUCUUUUUUGGAUCUAGGUUUUAACUACCCUCAAUAUAAAUUGAAGGUAUGUGAGACAUUUGAAACGCUAUGUUACAAUUUAUCUGUUUCAAUAAAACAAUCUAAACUUUAUUGCUCUCUAAUUUCAUCUUUUGGCUGGGAUUGGGUGGUGGGGAAUUAGGCAUUGCAUAUGAAAGAUUAAUAUUGUUCUUAGAAGUCAGUAGUGUCUUUUGUGGAUAAGAUAAUCUCGAGUGCUCCCCAUCCUGUUUUUAGCUAUUGCAAGACUGUUAUAGAAAAUGGAUGACAUUUGAAUGUGCAAACUUUAGAACUAUGUUUUGUGAGUACUGUUAUCCUUUGUUCAUUUUUUAGCAGAGAAGUGGUAACUGGUAACCUUGAUUGAUGGUUACUGACAUUUCCUUUUUCUCCUGCCAUCCACCAACAAAGGAAGGGCUGCACGGGGAAAUGGGGAAACCAUGCCAGUGAAUAAUUCUGAUACAUGCUUCAUGCUAAUCUGGUCUUUUGAAUAAAGGUAAGCCCAUGCAAGUAAGCACCGGAUUAAUCUUGCCAGCUCUUGAUUUUUUUUUUUUUUUUUCAUUUUUGUAUAAGUUGAAGUUGGGUCAAACCCAUUUUUUUGAAGUGUUUUAUUUUAUUUAUUAUUAUUUAUAGUAAUGCUAUAGUUACAAUACUAUGUAAGAUUGCAAACUUAUAAUUCUAUUGGCAUUCAAUGGAAUAUGACGUGGCAUUAAACAAGUGGAUGUAUA